AUGAGAAGUUGGAACGGUGCCCACGUCUCAGGGCUCCAGAUAGACGAGGACAAAGUUCCACUUGGUGUCGGGGAUAGGCAGGCGCGCGCGCGACUGGCCUCACACCCAUGCAUGUGCCAAAGGACGGACACUACUCAUCCGUCCAUUUGCUGUCCAUUGUCAAGCUACGUGGAGAUUUAUUACAAUCAAGUCUGUACCUGA